GUGUGUAUUAAGUAGUAGUUUGCAUUUAUAACUUUGUAAUAGCACCAGUUUGAAUAUGCUGAUGUAAAAUAAAAAUCCUGGCAGCUACAUUUUAACCUUGAAUUUCUGAGAAAGCAAGCUGACUUCUAUUUGAAGUAUUUUAUCAUCGGGAUGUCUUUACCCAAACAGCUCCGGGAGGAGAGUGAUUUUGACCAGUUGCCUAAUGAUGUUCCAAUUUCUGCCAUCAUUGCAGAUAAAGAGGAAAAGAAAGGAUUCUCAAGAUAUUAUGUCUUCAUUAUUGAAGUAAGAACUAAAGGUAAUAGCAAAUAUCUGAUAUACAGACGAUAUCGAGAGUUCUAUGCCCUUCAUAACAAGCUGCUGGAAAAAUAUGGUCCAGAAAGCAAGAACACUAAUGCUGCAUUUACCCUUCCUGAAUUACCAGGAAAAGUUUUGGUUGGUCACAAGCAAGAGAUAGCUGAAAAGAGAAUUCCUUCCCUCAAUACGUACAUGAAGAAACUGCUUUGUCUGCCCACUUGGGUCCUGCUGGAUGAAGAUAUCAGAAUAUUUUUUUAUCAAACAGUGUUUGAUAGCAACCAGGUUCCACAGGCACUUCGCAGGCUGCGUCCACCCACCAGGAAAGUGAAAACUGUGCAUUCAAGUUCAGCUUCGCUUGACAAGACAUCUCCAGCUAAGGUUGAGGCACUUUAUGAUUUUAAGGGAGAUGGUAGGCUAGAGCUGAGCUUUAAGGCUGGUGACAUCAUCCAUCUUCUUCGCAGAGUCAACAAAGACUGGCUUGAGGGCACUAUAAGAAAUACGACUGGUAUUUUUCCAAAGUCCUUUGUGAAGAUUAUUAAAGACUUACCACCUGAAAGUCCAGGAAUAGAAGAGGAAAGAGAUUUACAGUCUGUAAAUCGACUGAGGUGUUACUUGUAUGGUGAUAAUGUCUGCGAAAUAAGGGAUAUUGAAGUAGAAGAGGAUCUUUAUAUUCAGCCUCCUUAUCAGGAUUUGUUAUCUUUAAUCAGAACUGAACUUAAAGUUGAAGACAUUGCACUUAAUUAUCGAGACCCAGAGGGUGACAUGAUCCGUAUCACUGAUAAUCAGGAUGUAGAGCUGAUGCUGCAAGAGAGCAAAGAAUUCCCAAUGGAUAGUGAGUCCCGUGACUUUUUUCCUUGGAGACUGCAUGUUACAAAGGAGAAAGACUUAUCCGUUUAUAACACUAGCCCUUGAAAUAAAGGACUGUUUCCUGCUCACAUGGAUUAAAUGUCACACAUUUCAUAUUUUGUAACUGUUCUUUUUCUUUAUGAAACCAUAGUAGCAACACUCUGAAAUGUAUAUUAAAUUAUAUGAGGCAUCCUUUGUCACUGCCAGAUAGUACUUAAUGUAAUUUUUAUUUGCUUUUUCCAUAGCUGAUUUCUUUUACCAAGAUACAUGAAAUGUUAGCUUCAGUGUUCAUCAGAAAACAUAUUUUAUAUAAAUGGCAAAUAACUUGCAUCAGAACUAGAUCUUUCACUGUUGAGUUAUUCAAGUGAGAAAAUUCUGAUCAGAUACUAGAAAUCUUAUAAUGUACUGAUUCCUAAUUACUGCAGCAACUUAAUAAAAUAUAAAUAUUUGCUUA